AUGGCUACCUGCCAUACCUAUAACAACACGGCCAGGCACAACGGUGUCAACAGGGACUUCAUGGCCGCUCUCUCCAAGAGCCACGGGAGCACAGGCAAACGCAAGACUCCCCAGUCCACCAACAGAACCAAUGCCAUGGGCAUACCAAAGUCUGCCUCCAAAGACAAGACAGCCUGCAGUACGCCAAGGUAAACAAACAAUACCAGGCCUCUGGUACCUAAAUUGUCAACUAUUUUAUUGAUAUAGGCUACGUCUCGCCGAGGUGAAAAUCAGCAUUUAAGGGACUUCUUGGGAAGUGAGGGCAAUAGAUGAUAUCACUAAACUGAUGGACAAUGUGUGGUCCUAUACUUUUCAAUAGGUCACCUUUAAUCUGUGUCAGUGUGCAGAUUCUGACAUGACUGUAUUUCCAGGUCAAUAUCCUCUGAGACCACCAGUUCCUCCUCGACCUCCAAGCCCGCCAGCGUGAAGUCUGCCUUCUCCCGCCUCAAGCGGUUCCUCAUGCUGGAGGACAAGCAGAAGACCAAGACCAAGGGGAGGACUCAAAGACUUCCUCUCCUCUCUCUGAAUGACUGA